AAUAACAACAUCCCCAGCUCGCUUGAUAAGGAACUUUGAUAAUCUUUAAUAAUAAUGGAAUCAAAUAUUGAUACACUGCUGUCACGAAAUGCAGUUUCUAUUAUAGAUUUAGGGAGUAGCAUUGAUAAUGUGGCUAAAAAUAUAAGAAAAGCUUUGUCUGAACAGGGUUAUGCUCUGCUGAUAAACCAUGAAAUUUCCAAUGAGAAGAUCAAGACGUCUUGGGAGUACUUCGAUAGAUUUGUUGAAUUACCAAAAGAGGUUAAAUUGUCCUAUGAAAGAAGCAAAGCUCCGGAUGCCGAAAAUCACGGCUAUGUGAGUCCGGGAAUGGAGAGAUUCGAUGGCAGAACACCGGAACUACGUCAUGCGUACAAUAUAUGCAAGUUGCAGGAUGCAUUUUUACCCGAAAAGGAGCUGCCUGGAAUUACCAACCACAUUAACUCACUGACCGAUGACUUCAAUGCCUUGGGUAGAUUUAUUCUUCAGGCUUUGGCACUUUCACUGGAUGCUCCUCCCUCGUUCUUUCUCGAUAAACAUUCUUAUAUGUUGUCCGACGACCGCUUCAAUCUCACCACCCUGCGAAUGCUCUACUAUCCUCCGGUGGCUGAUGAAGAUCAUGGCAAUAUAAUCCGAUGUGGAGCCCAUGCCGACUAUUGCACCUUCACCCUGCUGGCACAGGAUUCGGAGGGUGGUUUGGAGGUCAAGCUGCGGGGCAGUGACAAAUGGGAGCGAGUGGGUCAUCUACCGGGAGCUCUCUUCAUAAACUGCGGCGAAACCAUGGCUGUGUGGACAGAUCAGCUAUAUCACGUGCAACAUCGAGUGGUUGUUCCCGAUGAGGUGGAUAGUCGCCAACGAGGCAGGCACUCCAUAGCAUUUUUUUGCCAUCCUGAUAACUCCACACUGAUCGACCCUAAAGAGUUAAAAAUUCCAGUUAUGGGGACCGCCACACAUGAGAUAUACAACGCUUAUGAUAUAUCUAUGGCUUUGGCAAAAGGCGCAUAUGGUCAUAAUUAUUCUUAAGAACUUUUUAAUGCUUUUUUAAUUUUCUCAGUGUUGUUUCAAAUAUUUGUAAAUCAACUCAUUUUUGGUAUAU